GACACGGGAGCUUUAGCACUCACAAGUCAAGAGCAGACCGAAUUUAGUCACUUAUUGAAGUUACACAAUUGAGAGUUUCUGAAGAGUGAGUCCCAACGAGGCACUCAUUUACUUGACUUUCUCCCUCCUUCCUACACCGACUCCGAGACGAUGGUAGAACCCACUUCCGGGUCUCCCCCUUGCCGGAAAUCUCGCGAUGGAGGGAGGAGGAGGCACAGCGCCGGGAACACUUAAAGAAGAAAGUCAGUCAGGAUAUGUUCUACCUACAAGUCUUGAAGCCAACGGUUUGAAGAAGAGCAGUUGGGGAUUCUUAAUUACUGGGGUUGUUGGUGGGACACUGGUGGCCGUGUAUGCAGUGGCCACACCAUUUAUAACACCCGCCCUCCGAAAAAUUUGUUUGCCUUUUGUACCUGCAACCACGAAGCAGAUCGAAAAUGUUGUGAAAAUGCUGCGAAGCAGAAGAGGGCCGCUGGUGGACAUUGGUAGUGGCGAUGGACGGAUUGUGAUAGCAGCUGCAAAGGAAGGAUUCACAGCUGUUGGUUAUGAGUUAAACCCAUGGCUGGUUUGGUACUCUAGAUACCGUGCUUGGCGAGAAGGGGUGCAGGACUUGGCCAAAUUUUAUAUUUCAGAUUUGUGGAAGGUUACUUUCUCGCAGUACUCAAACGUUGUUAUUUUUGGGGUGCCUCAGAUGAUGCCGCAACUGGAGAAGAAACUUGAGCUUGAACUUGAGGUUGAUGCGAGAGUCAUUGCUUGCCGGUUCCCUUUCCCGCACUGGACCCCGGACCAGGUCACCGGAGAGGGCACAGACACCGUGUGGGCAUAUGACGUGAGCUCGUUCAGAGGACAGGAGAAGCGUCGAUGCAUUUCUAGGCGGUCGCUGAAACGUAACAUUUACUGAGAGUGUUUUUCUGAAGUGUCGGUGGUCUUUGAUUUCACAGACGUACAGCUAUGUGUUCAGCAGAGUAUAGUUUUGUUUGGUGUAGAAUGAGAAAUUACUAUUUCCCUAACUUUUAGAGGAAACAAACAGAAGUUAAGAACAGCAAGGAGAUUUAAAGUCUCCUUUUAUGGUAUAUUCUAAAAAAAUGUGCUCGCAGCUUUUUAUGCAUUUGGAUGUAUGAAAAUACAAAUAAGCGAUGGUCACAUUGGUGGGUGGGAAGAUGACAACAGCACUUCCCCUUACCAGGAUAUGAUUUAGUGCCGCAGGUGAGAGGAAACAGUUUUGAAGACGGUGUAUGUUAUUGGGUUGUUGGAAAAGUAAUGACGCAUUUUUGCAACGAAAAAAUAGAAAAAAAUACAUUAUGACUUUUCUGACAACCCAGCAGUAAAUGUUUGCAGUUUCUUAUAACUUCAUUCAUAUGUAAGGUUUACCUCUUACUUCUCUGAACUUCAUGACAAAAUUAAUUUUCUAAAGGAUUUAGAGAGGCAUUUAUAUUUCAUAAUAUUUACUAGGAAUAAUUUGUUCCAAGGCUGGUAGAUUACCGUAUUUUAUCGAAUCUAAGGUGUGUGUACAUACACAUUUUCACAUUUCGGAAAUUGUGAUGUACCUUCCAGCUGAUGGUGUUUAAUAGCUGUAAUGGGCAGUGUUGUUCAUCAUCACUACCAUUGAUGGGAUCUCAGAUUUGAUAAAAUAGGGUAUUCAGAGUAGAUACCUGGCAGCGGAGUGGUUGGUGAUGGUUAAAUAGUGAAAUAAAUGAUUGUGAGCUUUGGCGUAAGCCAGACCUGGGUUCGGAUCCCUCCUGGGUCCUCAGCAGGAGGCCUUGGCUGGGGAUUCCCUUCUCAGAGCCUUGGUUUCCCCAGUUUCCCUGCCGUUGGGAUAAUGAGACACUGAACUGGGGACUGGGCACUGAUUUGUAAACUCACCGCAUGUAGUCUUCAGUCUGUAAGUAGCAUUUGUUACUGUAGAUGCUAAUGGAAAGCUUAUUCACAGAGGUUGCACAUUGUUUCUGCUAGUCACUUAUUUAUUUUAUGAAAGCAGCCAUUUAUUGAAUAUUUCUCAUUUAUGAGAAGAGACUUGACCGAUUUAGAUAAAGACAAGUUAAGGAAAAUCUUUGAAUGUGAGUAGACAGGCUUCAUAUAUCUGAAAAAUUAAUAUUGAAGUGUGGCUCAAAUAAUCCCUGCUUAUCACAGAAAAGAAUUGAACUUCCAGCCUUGUAACCUAAAUACCAACUGCUGUAGAGAUCUGAUAAGGUGAGAUGGUUUGCAUCUUUUACUAAACUGAUAAAAACAUGACUCUCUUCUACAUGAACUGUGUUCACCAUUGCUAGGCGGUGGUGUACCCCAUGACAAAACAGAAUCGAAAAAGCGCCAGAUUCCUGACAUUUAAACCACACGGCCGGGCACUACUCCCCUGCCGUGGACUUUCUCUAUGGCUGAUGGCAUGAAAGCCCUGCUGUGAAGAAAUUAAUGUUCCCAAGUCCAGGAGUCUUCUAAGCUCGCACUGCGGCCUGAAUUUCCUAGCUUAGCCUGGCUGAGUGCAUGUCAGGAAAAGACCUCUCAGUCGCUGCCCAGUAUGCCAUGGGAGUCUACCUAGGUCUCAGCAAACACAGGAAGCACACGCCCUGGGUGUGCAGCAUGUCUUGUUGCCCAUUGGGGCCACACUGUGCCCAGCCCUUCAUAAGUCUGAGUCAUUGGGCCAUGGCGAGCGUUCCUCACCUGGCCUAGGCAGCAGGUCUGUAGGCUUCUGACUCAGGCCACCUGUCCCAGAGUGGGGGCGCCAGCGGGCCCACCAAAGGAGGUGUGCAGACACCGCUUGCUCCUACCCAGCAGCCAUUGCUUCUCUUAGUAACAGAACCCCCGGUUUUUCAGGUGUCACGCACCGAGGUGUUCAGGGAUGAGGGGCCCUGCAGUUGUCUGGUCCCAUCCCCUGGGCAUCGGUGGGAUGGGGUGGGGGGCACGUGCUCCAGCUCCUGCCAGUGAGGUUGAGGGACGUCUGCUGGGAGCUGCGGGAAAGGUUUGGUUGCUGAUAUGAUAGAAGGAGAUGCCCGUCCUCAGACCGCAUAGGGCAGUGACACCUGACAUUUCAGCAGCUGCUUUCCAACCACCGGGGGGAAGGUGAAGAUGAAGUCCAAGGUGCUGGAGCUGGUGGAGCACAAAGAAGGAAAGACUGGGUCUCUGACUGGAGCCUGACUUCAAGAUAUCUUGUUAAGUGAA